AUAAUGGUGCCACUGCCUUGGAGGGUAGCUGUAUGGACUAGAUGAGACAGUGCGUGAAAAUGGUGGCUCAGUACAAGGGUGUGAAGGAGGCGGGCGAGAAGCCCCAGCGAGCACGGACGGCGGACAAGGCUGGCUGGAUCAAGAAGAGCAGCGGGGGCUUCCUAGGGCUCUGGAAAGACCGCUAUCUGCUCCUCUGCCAGGCCCAGCUACUGGUCUACGAGAAUGAGGACGAGCAGAAGUGUGUGGAGACAGUGGAGCUGGGCAGCUAUGAGAAGUGCCAGGACCUGCGUGCCCUCCUCAAGCGGAAACACCGAUUUAUCCUGCUGCGAUCCCCAGGGAACAAGGUCAGCAACAUCAAGUUCCAAGCACCCAGUGGGGAGGAGAAGGAAUCCUGGAUCAAAGCCCUCAAUGAAGGGAUCAGCCGAGGCAAGAACAAGGCUUUCGAUGAGAUAAAGGUGGACAAGAGCUGUGCGCUGGAGCAUGUGACCCGGAACCGAGUGCGUGGGGGCCAGCAGCGCCGGCCACCUACGAGAAUCCACCUGAAGGAGGUAGCCAGCGCAGCUUCUGAUGGGCUUUCUCGCCUGGACCUCGAUGCUCUGGACAGCAGGCCGCCAGUGCUUACCCCCGGCGAUGACGACAACGCAGCCCCGCCCCGGGAGGCCCUCCGGCCCCUCCUGCCUCCUGCCAAGCCUUCCCCAGCUCCCGAGGUGACCGCCCUUGGUGACAGAGGGGAGACCCCUGUAGGGGAGAGAGCCCCAACCCCUGUCUCAGCAAGCUCUGAGGCGCAGCCUGAGAGCCAGGAAGACGCAGAGACUGCAGUGGGGGAGGACAGCUCCUCUGAGCAGCUCCCCAGGGUCCUGCCUGAAAAACUGAAGGUGAGCUGGGACAACUCCAGCCCCGAGGAGCCCCCUGUGCCUGAGAGCUCGGAACCACCCCACGUGCCCUGUUCUGAGACUUCCGAGUCUUCGAUCAAGGAGGGUGGGAAGCCCCCUACGCCCCCACCCAAGAUCCUAUCGGAGAAACUGAGAGCCUCCAUGAUUGGGGUGGAGGCUUCCGGGCCAGCCCGGAGUCCCGGGGCCUCUGAGACCUCUGCCCCAGGCUCAGCGCAGGUCUCAGUGAAUGGCAUGGACGACAGUCCUGAGCCUGUGGAGCCAUCCCAGGCUGCUGGCACUCCGGGAAUUCCCCCGGAGAACAAAACCGCUUCUACAGCGUUCCCCUGGGAACUGCCGCCUCAGAGCCAACCCCGCCGCUCCUCCAUGGGGGACCUGCUUGGGGAAGGCCCCCGGCGUCCACAGCAGCGGCUGUACCGGGCCCAGCUGGAGGUGCAGGUGGCCUCAGAACAGACGGAGAAACUGUUGAACAAGAUGCUGGCCAGCGAGCCGGCCCCGGUGAGCGCCGAGACACUGCUCAGCGAGGCCGUGGAGCAGCUGAGGCAUGCCACCCAGGCCCUGCAGGAAAUCCGAGAUCUCGGAGACCUGAGCCAGGAAGCACCGGGGCUGCGGGAAAAGCGGAAGGAGCUGGUGACCCUCUACAGGAGAAGUGCACCCUAGGGCCUGCCGGCCGGGGCAGGGUCCCUCCUGCCUGCCCUGGUUCAUCGAGCCCAGCCCUGCCAAGAAAUGUGCUUCUGCCCAGGCUGUUGAAGGGCCAUCGGACAUGUCAGUGUUUGGCCAGGACCUGCAGAGGCUCCGGGCAUCCUUCCUGCCUGGCCUUGGCCAGCGGUGCAGGUGUCACCCAGGACCACUGCCUGGCUAACUGGCCUGGCCUCCGGGCCCUGGCUCGGGCUGGGAGCACACACUCAGGACCUCUGUGCUGGCAUGGUUGUUCCAAUCUGCCCCAGGGCUUUGGCACAGCACUCGGGGCUCUGGGGGUGGCAUCAUCUCUGCUUCUCACCCCCCGUAGUUUACAUUCCUGACUUCUGAAUAGAGCACAGCUGAGCCCCCCACAGCCUCUAUGUCCAGAUACUCCCAGGCAGACAGCCUCCUAGCAAAGGCAGCUUCAGGUCGUAACCAACCCUUCUGCCCGCCUAUUCCCAGUAGCUGCUGAGGCCUUGGGUCCAGGCUGUAGGUUCAUCCCUCAGCUGAAAGCCCCUGAAGGCAGGUCAGAGGCAGGUGUGAGAAAGCCAUUUGCCAUGUGGCCCCUCUCUGGGCCUUCCUGUUCUGCGGGCCUCCCCUGGUGAGUGUGGCAGGAGGACUCCUGGGUGGAGGAGGAACCUGAAAGGUCUCCUAGUCUAGUCCCUGCCUCUGGACCAGCUUGUGUCCAGCCCCACGCAUUCCUCUACAGGUGAACUUCAGAACGGCCCGACGUCAUCGUCAGAAAAUCCUGUAUGCGAUUCAUUCUAAAUCCGCCUUCAGGAGAGAAACUGCCCCAACUUCUGUGCCUCCCCAGAUGGGAUUUCUAUCUGGGUCUCUGUGGUUCCUCCACAACCAAACAGGUCCACUAUCCUAGUCAUUUAUUCUUACGCUGAGGGGUAUGUUGGGAUCUGAAACCACAUCCUCUCCCCACCGCCGCUCACCCCUCUGGCUCAGGCCCCGGAUGGGCUGCGCUUCCUGAGCUUCUAGUGGAAGGAGCAUUUUCUCCUGGCCUGGGCCAGCACCCUGGGCCUCUCCCGAGCCCCUCCCUGACUCCAGGAGCACAUCUGCUCUCCAUCCUGCUGUGGCAGCUGGACUGAGGGCAGAGCCUGUAGGUGCAGAGCCCCUGAGGGCUGCAGCCACUUUCCCUGGGGCUUGUGGGAGCGGGAGCAGCUCCUGACAGGCUUGCUCAGGGGGUUCUGCCUGUGCACUUUUGUUUACUGAAAGAGAGGAGAGGGAGGGCCACAGCCGUGUGCUCUGGCCUUUCUGCCCACCACCUGCCUCCGCCACCAGUAGUGCCCAUGAGGCCUGCCAGUGCAGGCCGAUGCCUUCUUUACUGUACUUCUACCUGUUUUUGAGGGUAGUAGCCAGGGGUCAGCAGGGGCCAAUAGAGGUCCACUCUGUAGCCUGUACUGGGCAGGCAUGGGUGUGAGCAGCAAUGCCAUGGCUCAUGAGCCCCCGUGGGUCUCCCCAAACCACACUCUUUGGAAAAACUAGGCUUCCCGGCCACAUUCUGCCUGUCCGUCUCUCUCCAGUGUGGGAGCAAGAACACCAUCAAGUACCCACAACCAUGUGGCCCCUGUGGUCUUGCUUUGGGGAACGGCCCUCCUGUGAGGGCUGCCGGGCUUUAGCCCAUCACCUGUUUCAGGGGCAGGAGCCUCCAUUUCUCCUCUGAUAAGUGACCAGGAGGAGCUCUGGGGCAACCUUAGUGGCCUAAUGCCAUUGGCUCCUGUAGGGUCCCUAGACCUGGGCAGCCUGGGCCCCAAGCGGGGAGGCUGCUUCCAGGGAGGAGGAUGGGAAAUUGGCAGGGGCUGCCUUGCCUGCCUCCGGAAGGAGGGUGGCAUUCCAUGUCUUCUGCUUAUGAAGCGCCUUUCUUGAAGUUCGGCAAUAAAUCCCUUUUUAUGGAA